UCCUCUGGGCCGGGCAGCGCCGGCCCUCCGCGUGCGGCCUCUCCCGGCCCUCAGAGCGGCUCCGCUCUGCCGCGUGUUUCGGCGUGCGUGUCUGCGGUGGUACGGCCGGUGCUUGUCCUUUCAUCAUGCCUUAGCCGCCGAGGCUCCCAAUUCCUCUUCAAGUCAGAGCACCGCGUAAAGCUGGCAAACCUGAAAACAGUCUCUCCUAGCAAUUGCCUUUUAGUAAUUGGUCUGGAGGCUUCCACCAGCCGAGGGACAGAGGUGCCUCUGGAGUAGGCUUUGCAAUUCAGGAAGAUUUUCUCCCAGCAAGGGUGGACGAAGGAUGGAGCUGCUACUGAAGGAGGAUUUUUAAAGGAGGUCUGAUGACAACAAAAACAAACUUUCCUGUGACGGCAGGAUCUAUAGUUGUCCCUUACGGGCAUGUGAUUGGAAAUGAGAAGUGGAGAGGGUCAGAGGUAGCCCAAAGGCUACAAGGGAAAGUUAGACUCAUCUUUGAAGAUGGCUUGGGACUGGUGGACUUUCAUCUUCCAAACAGAACUUGCAUUUUACUUAUUUCUGAAGCAGAUUUGGUUGCAGGGGAUGAAUUCAAACGAAGAUUGGUUAGGUUUAGAAAUGCCAGCAGUCUUAGGGGAAUUGUAAUUGUAGAGAAAACACAAAUCAGUGAUCAGUACUUCUCUGGAGUACAAAAACUUGUUGUACUCGAACUUGGAAUGGUGUUGCUUCCUGUGGCAAAUCAAGGAGAAGCUUCUCAGCUUAUUAUUCAACUAGUGCGGGAGCAGAGCCGGGAUCGCGGUGCCAACCCCUUCCUUCGCAAGCAGCGUGCUCAGCUGGCAGAACCGGCCGUGCUCCAGGCAGUGCAGCACAUUCCCGGAGUCGGGAAGACAAAAGCUCUGCUUUUACUGCAGCAGUUUGGGAGCAUCCAUCGGCUUUGUAACGCAUCCAUCAGUGAGCUCGAGCAAGUCGUUGGACAAACAGUAGCACAACAGAUUUAUACUUUUUUACACUCCUGAUGUGCACCUGCAGUGGUAUUUUGCAAAACAAAAACUUGUGGGAUUUCUGUGGAAUUAUAAAAUUUUGGUUUUAAUAAUCACAUGAUAUGCUAAUUUCUGUAAUCAUGGCUAGCAACAACUGGACUCUGACGCUUCUUUUUUACAUCUGCUGUGUUCAUAGAGAUUAAGCGGCAGAUUGCCUUGGAAAGAAGUCUGUAAAGUAUUUUGCAUCUAUCUGGAACAAAAAAAAACCCAAGAAAGCUGUCUUUUUCAGCCAUCUGUGUUAAAAAAUGGAAGAGCAAUAUGCUUGCUUACUUUGCUCUUCCAGAAAAAAAAACACCAUAUGAGUAUGUGCAUAGUAACUUCUCAGUAACUGCAACUAUCUUACAUGUUUUUAAAAAGUUGCCAUAUACUGCUUUAUAGUAACAUCUUUGAUUUAUAACUUUCUGGAGUUCCUUUGGAAAGUCUUCCUAGAAUACAGGUUUUCCUACACUAACUUAUUUCUCUGGUCACCCCUCCAGUUCACAGGGUGCUAACAAAUAUAUUCCUAUGUGCCUGAUAUCCAAAAUACUGGUUAAUUCAUGUUGUUUUUUUGAAUAUAGGUUGGCAUACUAAUAAUAAAUUGCAAAAUAUUUUGAUAUAUUAAUUACAACUUUAAUAUGUUAAUUAUACUAUCAAUAAUGUACACUACAAAGAGAAUAAUAUGGGGAGCUUUGAACAAAAUUCGUAAUUCAUACUACUCUUCCAGUAUUAGUAUUUUGAAAAUUUGUUAGGAGGAUUGUUUAUCCUGACAUCUUGCAUUUUAUUUUAAGUUAUAUUCUUACCCUAUUUUCUAAGGGUAAAAUUGCUGUUUUCCUUGAGGAGGUGUGUGAGAAGCAUCUUUCAUACCACUUGGAAGUUUGGAUCACAGCAGGAAGGCAGCCGAGUAGGAUUUUCCACUCCCUUUUGUGGGAGCCUUGGCACCUCUGAAAGUCAUCUCUUACACUGGUCAGCACGGACAGCAGCUGGACCUGAUAUUGAUUCUGUACCUGGUAUAAAAAUUUGUCUGUAACUUGGCCGUAAUUAUUUCAUUUAGUGAAUAAUAAAGAGCAGAAAUUUCCAAAA